AUGCUAAUGAAUUCUAUGCCCAAACCAGACAGACAUGCUGAAUCAUUGCUUGACAUUUGUCACGAUACAGACUCUUCUCCAACUGAUAUGACAGUUGCCCAAAACCAAAAUGUUCUCUUGCAAAGUGUCAGCAGCAGUGAGGAAUUUGACCAAGAUGAUGACUGCAGCCAUUCCAUACUGGUUAAAGAAGGAGGAGAUCCGAGUGGUGAUGGACGAGAUUGGCAACCCAGGACAGAAGAGUUUUCUGCCUCUCAUAAGAAAUACAGCAGCCGAAGAACUGAGAGACAUAGUAAUGGGUUCAGAAUAUAUGACGAAGAGAAAUUUCUCAAUGAAAAGAUAUUUUCUGAAAAUAGUUUCAAGCAUGAAGAAGCCAUCCUGUGGACCAAGGGUGAGAUCCUUGGAAAGGGAGCCUACGGCACAGUAUAUUGUGGUCUCACUAGCCAAGGGGAGCUAAUAGCUGUAAAACAGGUGGUUUUGGAUACCUCUGAUAAAUUAUCUACUGAAAAAGAAUACCGGAAACUGCAGGAAGAAGUGGAUUUGCUCAAAGCACUGAAACAUGUCAACAUUGUGGCCUACUUGGGGACCUGCUUAGAAAAAAACACCGUGAGCAUUUUCAUGGAGUUUGUUCCUGGUGGCUCAAUCUCUAGUAUUAUCAACCGUUUUGGGCCAUUGCCUGAGAUAGUAUUCUGUAAAUACACAGAACAAAUUCUGCAAGGCGUUGCUUAUCUCCAUGAGAACUGCGUGGUGCAUCGAGAUAUCAAAGGAAACAAUGUUAUGCUCAUGCCUACUGGAAUAAUAAAACUGAUCGACUUUGGCUGUGCCAAACGUUUGGCCUGGGCUGGUGUAAAUGGCACUCACAGUGACAUGCUUAAGUCCAUGCAUGGGACUCCCUACUGGAUGGCCCCAGAGGUCAUCAAUGAGUCUGGCUAUGGGAGGAAGUCGGACAUCUGGAGUGUGGGCUGCACUGUGUUUGAGAUGGCCACAGGCAAGCCUCCGCUGGCAUCCAUGGACCGGGUGGCAGCCAUGUUCUACAUUGGCGCACACCGGGGGCUGAUGCCACCCUUACCUGAACACUUCUCAGAAAACGCAGCGGACUUUGUGCGUAUGUGCCUAACCAGGGACCAGCACGAGCGCCCCUCUGCUGUUCAGCUCCUGAAGCACUCCUUCUUGAAGAGAAGUUACUGA